AUGGACGUGCCACCUGCCGAGGACAAGGUGCUCUGCGAUUUGGAUCCGCGGUACUUUACGCCGCAUUUCGACGCAGUCGCGCAUGUACUCGAGUCGUUGCCGCUGCAGGCGGACGAAGUGAGCGACUUUUUGCAGUCGCAGAUUGGCGUGCUCGAUCUUGCCAAGGACGUGGUGACGGCCAAGCUCGCCGAAGACGUCCAGCGGAACCACACGACGUUCAUCCAGGGCAUGAACCAAGUGCAAGACGUCGACUUGGACUUGACACUGGCGCUGAUCCAAGUCAAGAACGGCCGGCGGCUCCUCGCAAGCGCCAAGCAGGACCUCGUCAUCAACCAUCUCGAGCUGGUCAAGCUGCGUCGCAACCGCGACCGUCUCCGGACCAUUGUCGACCACAGCUCGACGAUCCUGGGCUUUGUCCGCCUCGAGCACGACAUGUUGUCGCAUUUACAAGAAAAGGAUUAUGCGAGCGCGGUGGCUGCGUGCAUCGACAUUCGCCGGCAGCUGGACCAGUCACGCGAGCUGGACCGGUUCUUCAUCCUGCGGCCCGUGCGGCAGCGCAUGGCCCACGCACUCGUCGAGCUGCGCCAGCAUUUUGAGACGGCACUUGUGGGGCUCCUCGAGUCGUUUGAUGCGGCUGCGUAUGGCAACUUGCUGCGAGCGAUGAUGGCGCUGGACGCCGAGCGGUCCGGGCCGUCGACCGUGCCGCAAGUGCUUGUGCGGGGCGUCGACGACCUCUCGCGACAGCACAUUCAGCGUCUCUAUACCGAUGCGACCGUGAUCAAGAAGACCAAGCCAACGCAGUCGGUGGUCAGCAUGCUGCAAGACCUGCUUGCGUGCUACGAAAAGCUCGUGGGACUCUUGCACGGCUAUUACCUCAUCACGCAGUGGCACCGCACUCCGUUCAGCGACAAGAAUGUCGACGCGGCGUUCUUGCACCGCUGCGGCUUUGACGCGCCAGUUGAAGGGACCAAUCAAGCGCAUACGACAACCGACGAGAUGGCCGCACAGCACGCCGCGGCGUAUCAGCAGUACCGACGCAUUGUGUGGGAGCAAAUGCAGCAGAGCGUCGGCGACCUUCUCGAUCGCUUUCCGCUCACCAACGACUUCAAGAUGGAGCACCUCGUGUCGCUCGCCCACGCCACGCUUCGGUUGAUUAUGACCGGACACGAGUUUAGCGGCGACGACGCGUCGACAACGCUCACGACGGCGCUGAGCAACAAGUGCCGGAGCUAUCUCAAAUUGUUGCAAAAAGACAGCAUCGAGCUUCUCCGCAUGCUUUUCGACACGGAAAAGUGGGAACGGCUCUCGGUCGCGAUCGACAACCACAGCGGCGGCAUUCCGGCCCUCUUGGAGCAGCGCUCGGGGUACUCGCUCCCAGAUCUUAAGGUGGCCCAGCGCCUUUUGGAGCCACGUUCCAGUGACAGCGUUUUCAUGCACUACCGCGCCAGAGGCAACCCGUUCGCGCUGUGCUACCGCGAGAAGUACCUCGUGGUGCCCGCCAUGCAGCGCUAUGCGUUCGAGAACCGGCGCAACGACCUGGAGGCGGACCCGCUCGCCGACGAAGAAGACAAGAUGAUCAAGCGCAUGAUCGCGCUGGACCCGUACCUGCGCGGCGAGUCGGACUCGAGUGUGAGCUCGCCGCAGACAGAGGAGCUCAUUCGCUUUGGCUCCAAGCACGUCAUGUCGUCGUCCAGCCUCUCGGGCUUUUUACGCUUUUGCGGCGUGUAUAUGAAGCUCAUGGAGCAGCUGCCGCAUGUGGCGUGGGACAUCUUUCUCGGGCUCGCGUCGCUCUUUGAUUUUGUGUUUUACGCGACGUUGACGACCGCGUGUCCCGACAACUACCUCGCGCGGCUCUUGACGCGCCAAACGCCGAGCGAUCUCCAGUGCGAAGAGCUUCGCCAGCAGCUGAGUCGCAUCCAGUCCGAGCUUGGUCUUGGCUUGACGGCGCAGUCGGUACCCGUGCGCGUGACGCAGCUGCCGCCGGCGAUUGCAGCGUCCAGCGACGCUAAUCGAUUUGCAUUUGUCGAGCGCGUCGUUGCGAUCGAGGCGCUUGUCUUCCAAUGGCACGUGUUUUCAUCGCUCCACGCCGCGUCGUUGGCGCCUUUCGUGCCCGCCGCGCGCCAAGAGAUGAUGGCCACCAUGAUGACGACGAUGGGUGACGCGGUGAGAGAGGGACGGUCGUACGUCUACGCGGUCAUGGCGCCAGCGCUCAUCGCCGCGGCGUCGAUUCCGAGCAUGGUCGAGAAGGCCACGUGGGACACGCUCGAUCUCUCGGACCAGCACAACGAGUACGUUGUCGCGCUCGUCCGUCGCAUUUCGACGUGGAUUUUUUAUUAUGUAGGAACUUUGCAAGGAUCGGCGGUUCCGAUCCACGUCCGCGACGAGAUCUGGUCGUAUGUGGUGCGGGCCAUCAUGGAAGCACUCGUGGAGGGCUACGCGAGUGUGAAAAAGUGCUCGAUGGAAGGACGCGCGCUCAUGUCGAUGGACCUCAUCGCACUCCAGAACGGGCUCGAUCUGAUCAACCACGUGAGCAACCAAAACCAGACGCUAUGGGGCCGGUCCUAUGUCAACAACUACAUCAAGGCGUACUACUUGCAAGAAGCCGAAUUGCUCGCGUUCAUCGCUGCCAACAAGAAGAGUUAUCGCAAGGCGCACCUCGUGAGCUUGGCCAUCAACGGCGUCUGUGGUCUGCGACGCGGGACUCAAAAAGACUUGCUCCAAAAGAUCGAGCACAUUUACCGGUCCGGGACCACUUAAUCUGAAUCUUCAACGUGGUGAAUCUGUGGCUGGACGGCCAAG